UAGGAGGAGGGAAGGUGAAGUAGCACGUAUGACUGUCAAAAAUUUUGAAGAUCGUGACAUGUCCAAACUAAACGAUGACAUCAGCUCUGGGCUUACAGAAGUUGAGAAAAGGCUUUGCCAACAGUUUGCCAGAGUGGAACUGAAGGGGAAAAAAGGACGAAAGGUGGCUGUGAUCCUGACUUCUGAUAUGACCGAUAACCUGUCACUCCUCGUUAGUAAGAGGAAAGAGUGCGGGGUAUCUGAAAACAAUAUGUACCUUUUCGCCAUUCCUUGUAGUGAUGGCCACUACAGAGGGCAGUUUGGUCAGUUUGCAGAUGCUUGCGGAGCUGAACAUCCUCAGAACCUCAGAUCAACUAACCUUCGCAAACAGAUUGCCACGAUAAGCCAAGUCAUGAACUUGAAAGAUAAUGAACUAGACCAGCUGGCCGAUUUCCUCGGCCAUGACAUUAGGGUCCAUAGAGAAUACUAUCGACUGCCCCAAUCAACAAUUCAGCUGGCUAAGAUCUCCAAGUUGCUCAUGGCCAUGGAGAAGGGAAGUGUGAAGGAUAUUCAAGGAAAAACUCUGGAUGAAAUUGGUGAUGACAUAGAUGGGAUGGCUACUGGAUCACAGCAACUCCCUGAUGCUUCCACAUUGCGAGAAAAAUCUAUCAAUGACAAUGAAGAAAUAUUAACUUCUGUGACUUCUGAUUUGCCUCACUUCUCCGAGACUGCAGCUCAAGAUGACCAGGGAAAUGAUGCCUGUUUGACUUCUGGUUCACCUCCUGUCCCUGACUCAGUUACUAAAGGUUUACGUGUUUCAUCAAGGCGGUGUGUGAAGACACCAUGGUCUGAGGAGGAGAUAGGAGCGGUGAUGAAACAUAUGAAGCCUUUUAUUGAAAACGGUAUCACUGUCACCAACCAGCAGUGUCUGAAGUGCAAAGAAAAGGAACAACCUAUCUUGGAGACGAGAUCUAUUCAAAACAUUCGAGAUUUUGUGCGCAACAGAGGACUGGCCUUUAAAAAAAAUAAAUAAAUGUUAAACACUAAAUGCACUUUUUGACAGUCUGAGCCUUUACCUUUCUGGGCCUGAUUUCAAGGUUAGUGUUCUCCAUUCAAAAAGUAUGUAGUUGACUUCACUGUGCUCACAGGCAGUGUUUUGUUUUGAUGUGUGGUUAGCCUGAGUCUUUUAAUGCCAGGAUUCACUUUUAUUUUCCUUCAAUAAUUGUUACAAUGCUGUCCUUUUAAUGAAUUGAUU